GACAAAAGACCUAGGGGCCGGCCUCGCAAAGAUGGCGCUUCCCCUUUCCAGAGAGCCAGAAAGAAGCCUCGGAGUAGAGGAAAAACUGCAGUGGAGGAUGAAGACAGUAUGGAUGGUUUGGAGGCAGCAGAAACAGAAAACACUGUGGAAACAGAAGUCAAAGAGCAGUCUGCAGAAGAGGAUGCCCAAACAGAAGUGGACAGCACCAAGCAGCUAACACCAGUCCUUCAGCGCUCAGUAUCCGAGGAGUCUGCAAGCUCCACUGCCUCAGUGGGUGUGGAAGCUAAAACCAGCGAACAACUCUGCGCCUUUUGUUACUGUGGAGAACGGAGCUCAUUAGGACAAGGAGACUUAAAACAAUUCAGUCCAACUCCUGGGUAUGUUAUCCCAUGGAAAAACCAGCCUUUAAAUAAGAGUGAAGCCAGCGACAGCACCGAUGGAGCUUGUGAGAGAACUCCAAGGCAGAACUCAGUGCCACGCAAACAGAGAGGACAGAAGAAAUCUCGAUCAAGUAUAGCAUCAUGUACAAGUGUAAGCACCCAAACUGCUUCUGACGAUCAGGUUGUCAAAUUCUGGGAUGAACUCAGUUUAGUUGGCUUACCAGAUGACAUUGAUGUUCAAGCCUUAUUUGAGCCAACAGGUCAUUGCUGGGCUCAUCACCGCUGUGCGGAGUGGUCAUUGGGAGUCUGCCAGACUGAAGAGCAGCUAUCAGUGAACGUGGACAAAGCUGUUGUCUCAGGGAGCACAGAAAGAUGUGCAUAUUGUAAGCACCUUGGAGCCACUAUCAAAUGCUGUGAAGAGAAAUGUACCCAGAUGUACCAUUACCCCUGUGCUGCUGGAGCAGGCACAUUUCAGGAUUUCAGUAACUUGUCCCUCCUUUGUCCAGACCAUAUUGACCAGGCUCCUGAAAGAUCAAAGGAAGAAGCAAAUUGUGCAGUGUGCGACAGCCCUGGAGACCUCUUAGAUCAACUUUUUUGUACUACCUGUGGCCAACAUUACCAUGGGAUGUGCCUGGACAUACAAGUUACCCCUUUAAAAAGAGCAGGUUGGCAGUGUCCUGAUUGCAAAGUGUGCCAGAACUGCAAACAUUCUGGGGAAGACAACAAGAUGCUGGUGUGUGAUACAUGUGACAAAGGCUACCACACUUUCUGUCUCCAACCAGUUAUGGAUGCUGUACCAACAAAUGGCUGGAAAUGUAAAAACUGUAGAGUAUGUGCUGAGUGUGGCACACGAACGAGUUGUCAGUGGCACCAUAAUUGUUUGGUAUGUGACAGUUGUUACCAACAGCAAGACAACUUAUCUUGUCCUUUCUGUGAAAAACUGUGCCUCCAAGACUUCCAGAAAGAUAUGUUGCAUUGUCACAUGUGCAAAAGGUGGAUUCACGUAGAAUGUGACAGGUGUCCAGGUAAUGAGUUGGAGUCUCAGUUGAAAGACUACAUCUGCACUCUUUGUAAACAAGGAGAAGGGGAUCAGAUUCAGUCAUGUGAUAUAAUGGACACUUCUGAACUCAUUCCUGAACCUGACAAUAUAACAGCUUGUACAAAUGAAAUGGAAAUGGAAAGUGGUGGAGAGGAUGUGACGUUUCAGGAACAACCCAUUACUGGUGAUGGCCCUGGUCAAGAAUCUGCUGUUGGAUGUAUCACAGCUGUUACAGGCAUAUCACCAGAAGAGAAGACCACAAAACUGGAAGCAGAAAUCUCUGAAAUUAAUUCAGCUGAAAUGGAAAUGUCUCCUAAAAAGACACCAGCAUCUGGUGACAGUCAGACUGAGAUAAUGAUGGAAGUGAUGGAAGGUGUUCCAGCUGUAACACAGCAGGAGUUAGAAAAACAAGUGGAAGAGACACAGCUGCCACAAGGUAGUGUGGAGGUAUCAGAAGUAUCCACAGUAGACUCUCGGCCUCUGUCUUCAGUACCUGAGGCCAUAACUGUGACACCACAAGUACAGGAGACUGAAAGUAAAGGAGAUAUUUGUGUCCCUGUAGAAGAACAACUGGAAAAAAUAAAUGUGCAAAAAGAUGUAGAAAAAGGAGAAACCCAUGAAAAGUCAGAAACACCAGCUCUUCUAGAAGCAGAAACUACUUCUGCAAAUGGAGGUGUUGCAAAUAGUUCACCAGUUGGAGACAAACCCAUAAAAUCACCAGCUGAGACUUAUCCCUCACUUCCUCCACCAGUUAAUACAAGCAAGACAAACGUGUCUUCCUCACCAGAUGUUUCAUUAGACUUGCAUUCUGCACGAGACGUACAGCACAGUCAGCCCCCAGCAUUGCCUUCCACUGCUGGAAGUGCUCUCCCAACAACCUACAUAUCAGUUACUCCAAAAAUUGGCAUGGGAAAACCAGCCAUCACCAAACGCAAGUUUUCUCCUGGAAGACCCAGAUCAAGACAGGGGGCUUGGAGUACCAAUAAUACAGUCAGCCCACCUUCCUGGUCCCCAGACAUUUCAGAAGGUCGGGACAUUUUUAAAUCCAGACAGCUUCCUGGCAGUGCCAUUUGGAGCAUCAAAGUGGGUCGUGGAUCAGGAUUCCCAGGGAAGCGGAGGCCACGUGGUGCAGGUCUUUCAGGAAGAGGUGGCAGAGGUAGAUCAAAACUGAAGAAUGGAGUUGGGACUGUAGUCAUUCCAGGGGUCACAACUAUGGAUAUUUCGUCUAACAAAGAUGAGGAAGAAAAUUCAAUGCAUAACACAGUUGUCCUCUUCUCUAACAGUGACAAGUUCACUCUCCAUCAGGACAUGUGUGUGGUUUGUGGGAGUUUUGGCCAAGGUGCUGAGGGCAGAUUGCUUGCCUGUUCUCAAUGUGGUCAGUGUUACCAUCCAUACUGUGUCAGUAUUAAGAUUACUAAAGUGGUGCUUAGCAAAGGCUGGAGGUGCCUGGAGUGCACAGUGUGUGAAGCCUGUGGGAAAGCAACAGAUCCGGGCAGGCUGCUCCUCUGCGAUGACUGCGACAUCAGCUACCACACCUACUGCUUAGAUCCCCCCCUGCAGACGGUUCCAAAGGGAGGAUGGAAGUGCAAAUGGUGUGUUUGGUGCAGACACUGUGGAGCAACUUCUCCAGGCCUAAGAUGUGAAUGGCAAAAUAAUUACACGCAGUGUGCUCCCUGCGCGAGCUUGUCUGCCUGCCCCAUCUGCUACCGCACCUACAGGGAUGAAGAGCUUAUAAUUCAGUGCAGACAGUGUGAUCGAUGGAUGCAUGCAAUCUGUCAGAACUUAAACACAGAGGAGGAAGUGGAAAACAUAGCUGAUAUGGGUUUUGACUGUACCAUUUGUAGGCCAUACAUACCACCAACAAACGUGCCUUCUUUGGACUGUUGUGAUUCAUCAGUUGGAGCUCAGAUUAUUUCAAAAUCAAAAGAACUAGACCCACCAAAGACAUACACCCAGGAUGGAGUCUGCUUGACAGAAUCCGGCAUGUCUCAGUUACAGAGCCUAACUGUUACAGUACCAAGAAGAAAACGGACGAAACCAAAGCUUAAACUGAAGAUUAUAAAUCAGAACAGUGUGGCUGUGCUUCAGACACCCCCAGAUGCCCAGUCAGAGCACUCAAGAGAUGGGGAGAUGGAUGACAGUAGAGAAGGUGACCUUAUGGAUUGUGAUGGAAAAUCAGAUUCCAGCCCAGAACGGGAGGCUGUGGAUGAUGAUACCAAAGUGGCAGAAGGAGCCGAUGGGAUUAAAAAAAGGAAGCGAAAACCAUACAGACCUGGUAUUGGUGGAUUUAUGGUACGUCAGAGAAGUCGUACAGGGCAGGGGAAGACUAAAAGAUCUCUCUCCAGGAAAGAUUCUUCUGGAUCUGUUUCUGAGCAGUUGCCUGGCAGAGAUGAAGGUUGGACAGAACAGUUGCCAGACACUCCAGUUGAGGAGUCUACCCCAGCGUCUGAAAGUACUGAGAAAAUAAAGAAGCGUUACAGAAAAAAGAAAAAUAAACUUGAAGAAACCUUUCCUGCCUACUUGCAGGAAGCUUUCUUUGGGAAAGAUCUGCUAGAUACCAGUAGACAAAACAAGAUGAGCCUAGAAAAUCUACCUGAAGAAUCACUUCCACUCUCAUGUAAAACAAAUCUGACCACCAGUUUCCUGGAUCCUUCAUCUGACCCCCUUCUUAGCUCAACCUCCGCUCCAACUCAGGCAAAACUGGGACCUCAAGGUAGCACCGAUGAUCCUCUAGCCGAUCUUUCUGAAGUCUUAAAUACUGAUGAUGAUAUCCUUGGGAUACUUUCUGAUGAUUUGGUAAAGGCAGCAGAUCAUUCGGCUGGGCUGGAUAUUGGUCCCAUCUCUGAUGAUCCUUCUUCUCUGCCUCAAACGAAUGUUAACCAGAGUUCACGGCCACUGAGUGAGGAGCAGUUGGAUGGAAUCCUGAGUCCAGAACUAGACAAAAUGGUCACAGAUGGUGCAAUUCUUGGCAAAUUGUACAAAAUUCCAGAGCUAGGAGGAAAGGAUGUUGAAGAUUUGUUCACAGCUGUAUUAAGUCCAGCAACCACACAGCCAGCUCCUUUGCCACAGCCUCCACCUCCACCACAACUUAUGCCUUUGCACAAUCAAGAGAAUGCAUUUCCCAGAGUGCCCCUUAUGAAUGGUCUGAUUGGCCCUAACCCUCAUCUCCCUCAUGCAGCUUUGACUGCAGGUGGACUGGGCACUUUCUCCUCCAUUACACAGCAACCAUAUACUGAUACCAGGGAUAAGAAUCCAGCGUUCAAUCCAAUGGUAAGUGAUCCAAAUAGCUCAUGGGCACCAUCUGCUCCACCUUUGGAAGGCGAAGGCGAUACAAUGUCCAAUGCUCAAAGAAGCACUCUUAAGUGGGAAAAAGAAGAAGCUUUGGGUGAAAUGGCAACAGUAGCACCUGUCCUCUAUACGAAUAUCAACUUCCCUAACCUAAAGGAAGAAUUUCCAGACUGGGCUACAAGAGUGAAGCAGAUUGCUAAACUGUGGAGGAAAGCAAGCUCGCAGGAGAGGGCUCCAUAUGUGCAAAAAGCCCGAGAUAAUAGAGCUGCUUUGCGCAUCAAUAAAGUACAGAUGUCAAAUGACUCCAUGAAAAGGCAGCAGCAACAGGAUAGCAUUGAUCCCAGCUCACGCAUUGACUCUGACCUGUUUAAAGAUCCAUUAAAACAGAGGGAAUCAGAACAUGAGCAGGAAUGGAAAUUCAGACAGCAAAUGCGGCAAAAAAGUAAGCAGCAAGCCAAAAUAGAAGCCACACAGAAGCUUGAACAAGUGAAAAAUGAGCAGCAGCAACAGCAGCAGCAACAGCAGCAGCAGCAGUUUGGUUCACAGCAGCUUCUGAACCAGUCUGGCUCAGACACACCUAGCAGUGGGAUCCAGAGCCCCUUAACACCACAGACUGGCAAUGGAAGUAUGUCUCCUGCACAACAGACAUUCCAUAAGGAUCUAUUUGCAAAGCAGCAGCUACCUGCUACGCCUACGUCAGCAUCCUCAGAUGAUGUGUUCUUAAAACCACAAGCUCCACCCCCUACUCCAACCCGAAUCCCAGCACACGAUUCUCAGUCUCAGACUCCUCAGACAUCACAGCAGAUGUUUUCUCCAGGUUCCACAAACACAAGACCUCCUUCUCCAAUGGACCCAUAUGCUAAAAUGGUGGGAACACCUAGACCAGCACCCAUUAACCAAAACUUUCCUAGAAGGAGUACCAUUGCACCAUUAGAUACCUGUGCACCACAGUCAUCCAUAUCUAGGCCCAUUCAGGUGACUGAACCAUCAGGAAGCAGGCCUUCACCAGUCAGGGAUUCAUGUUCUUCAUCUCCAAGCAGCAACGAUCCCUAUGCAAAGCCACCAGACACACCCAGGCCUGUCAUGGCAUCAGAGCAGUUCUCCAAACCACUGGGAGUCCCAAGGUCACCCAUAGUUAUGGAACAGACAGGGAAGGUUCCUUUAACAGCUGGAAAUAGUGACCCAUUUACCAAGCCAGCACCUAGAACAGACACGUUUCAGCGGCAGAGGGUGACUUCUGACCCGUAUGCGCGGCCACCACUGACCCCUGCUCCUGUUGAUGGCAGCCCUGGACCUUUUAAAACUCCCAUGCGCCCACCUCAGUCCCCACAAGAUCCUUAUGCAUCAAUGCCAGGUACACCAAGGCGUGUUGCUGUGGAUCCGUAUGAAAGGCCUCCUUUGACACCAAGGCCAGUGGAUAACUUUUCCCAUAAUCAACCUAACGAUCCGUACAGCCAGCCUCCCCUUACUCCUCAUCCUGCAAUAAAGGACACUUUUGCCCAUCCACCUCGGAUAGUGCGACAGCAAAGUGAUUCUUUCCCUCAGUCUGGACCUAUUUCAAGGCCAGCUUCUCAGGAUCCUUACUCCCAGCCUCCAGGUACUCCUCGGCCAGUGGCUGAUCCUUAUGCCCAACCUCCAGGAACUCCUCGGCCCACCACAGUUGAUCCAUAUAUGCAGCAACCACCAACACCAAGACCUUCUCAGCCAGCAGAUUUAUUUUCUCAGUCCCCAGCAAAUCAGAGACACUCUGAUCCAUAUGCCCAACCUCCUGGAACACCAAGGCCAGUUCUCAGUGAUCCUUAUUCUCAGCAACCAGCAACCCCAAGGCCAGGGAUUCCAGAGAGUUUUAACAGACCUGCAAUGACAAGACCGGGACUGAUACCAAGUAGAGAUCCUUUCCUGCAGACACCACAGAACAGGUUGCAAGGCACUUUUGUCAGGCCAUCAGAUCCAUGUUCUCAAACUCCCAGACCUGCAGGACCUGCAGUAACGGAUUCAUUUAGCCAUGGCCCAGCUGCUUCAGCACGUGACCCAUAUGAUCAACCACCGAUGACUCCAAGGCCUCAGCCAGAAUCCUUUGGGACUGGUCAACUGGCCCACGACGCUGCUGAACAGCCACGGCCUGGAUCUGAGGGAAGCUUCAACACAUCUGCAAAUUCUCCUGUGAGUUCUCAAGGACAACAAUUUCCCAAAGUUUCACAAGUUCCUGGCCCGGUGCCCACUACUGGAGUAACAGAUACACAGAGUACCAUGAAUAUGUCUCAGGCAGACACUGAGAAAUUAAGACAGCGCCAGAAAUUACGUGAAAUUAUCCUGCAGCAGCAGCAGCAGAAAAAGAAUGCAGUUCGUCAGGAAAAAGCCUUGCAGGAUGCAGCAGCUCCUACCCAUGCAGCUCCUCUUCAGCACUGGCAGCAAGACAAUUUAAAUCAAAUUUUUAACCGCCCUCCUCCUCCAUAUCCUGGGAAUAUUAGGUCUUCUGUUGUCCCACCAGGUGGGCCAAGGUUCCCUGUAUAUCCAAAAGACCAACGUGGACCAUUUCCUUUUUCAGGUGAUAUCAAUGCCAUGGGGAUGAGACCUCAUGGUCUCAGAUAUGGGUUUCCAGGAGGUGGCCAUGGUCCACCAUCAGGUCAAGAACGUUUCCUUGGUCCUCAGCAGCCAAUGCAACGCCCUGGAGUUCCACCACAGCUGAGAAGAUCUCUGUCUAUUGAUAUGCCUCGGCCAGUGAACAACCCACAAAUGAGUAAUCCCUCUGGGAUCUCUCAACAUUUCCCCCCCCAGGGAAUUCCAGUUCAGCAGCACAAUAUAUUGGGUCAGGCGUAUAUCGAGUUACGUCACAGAGCUCCUGAUGGGAGGCCAAGGCUGCCUUUUAAUCCUGCUGCUGCAAAUGUUAUGGAUGCAGCAGCACAACAUCAACGACAUCCAGGGUUUAUACCCAGGCAGGAGUUUCCAGGCCCAAGACAGGCAGAACCACUGAGACACAGUUCUCAAGGUAUACCUAACCAGUUGCAGAUAUCUACAGGUUUGGAGCAUAUGUCACAAUCCCAGCAGGAUCAAAUCAAUCCUGACAACCCAUCUGCACUUGUAAUACGUUCUCUAAGUCAUCCACCAGUUGCUGAUGCAUUCCCUGGACCACCUUUGGCUGCAUCUGCACCAAGUGAUGAAUCUGCAAAUCUGCAGAUUCCCAACCAGCCAAGUGAUGGUCUAGAAGAAAAGCUUGAUCCUGAUGAUCCUGCUGUAAAAGAUUUGGAUGUGAAAGACCUUGAUGGAGUUGAAGUCAAGGAUUUAGAUGAUGAGGAUCUGGAAAAUUUGAAUCUAGACACAGAGGAUGGGAAAGGAGAUGAGCUGGACACUUUAGAUAAUUUGGAAACCAAUGAUCCUCACCUAGAUGAUCUUCUAAGAUCCGGGGAAUUUGAUAUAAUUGCAUACACAGACCCAGACCUUGAUGUGGGGGAUAAGAAAGGAAUGUUUAAUGAAGAACUAGACCUUAGUGUCCCCAUUGAUGACAAACUAGAUAUCCAGGGCAAGACAGAAGAACCAAAACAGAAAGAACAAGGUGACAGAACUGUUUCCCCUCCUGAGAGUCAGUCUCCACAGAAGAAAUCUGUUACAGAAAAUGAAAUUAAAACAGAAGUUCUUUCCCCAAAGACUAAUGAGGAAAAGAAGAAUGAAAAUGAAAAUAAUGAUGGAAAUGCUGAAUCCACAAGUACUCAACAGGCUACUGAAAUGGAGUUAAAGGAUGGAGAAAAAGCUCCUGCACAGCCUGCUAACCCAGAAUUCCCUGACAAAACUACUACUGUUCCUACUCAAGAAACAACUGUGUCUAGUCCAGAUGCUCAGGGAUCUGCUCCACUGCCUGUUCAAGGAGCAGUAAGUUCCUGCAGUAUAACUGGGUCCACACCAGUCCUCUCAAGUUUGCUAGCUAAUGAGAGCUCAGAUAAUGCUGAAGCAAGGACUGUAGGAUCUCCAUCUCAAUCUUUGCCAACAACACAAAUGAACCAUGGAUCAGGUAUUCCACAAACACUAAUGACACCUGGUGGACAGAUCUUGGAAAACACUAUAAAUCCAAGUUUGGCCAUGGUUCCACGGAUGAACCAUAAUUUUCCUCAAGGGUCACCAAAUGCAGGAUUUAUUCAGGGUCAGUCAUCUAAUCAUAACUUUGGGACAGGACAGACAUCUAAUCAAACUGUGACUGUAACAAACCGUCCUGGUCCCAGUGGCAUAUCUGGUCCCCAGCAGAUAAUGCUCCCUCAACCAUUAGCUCAACAACAGAAUCGAGAGAGACCACUUCUGCUAGAGGAACAGCCACUUCUUCUGCAGGACCUUUUGGAUCAGGAAAGACAGGAGCAGCAGCAGCAGAGACAGAUGCAAGCCAUGAUUCGCCAACGUUCAGAGCCAUUUUUCCCCAAUAUUGAUUUUGAUGCAAUUACUGAUCCCAUAAUGAAGGCAAAAAUGGUAGCUCUUAAGGGGAUCAAUAAAGUCAUGGCCCAGAGUAACAUGGGGAUGCCAACAAUGGUUAUGAACAGGUUUCCCUUUAUAGGUCAGCCAGUGCCAGGGGCUCAGACGAGCGAAGGCCAAAAUCAUAUGCAGCAGGCAAUUACACAGGAUGGCGGUUUGACACCUCAGAUUUCUAGACCUAAUCCUCCCAAUUUUGGUCCUGGUUUUGUCAAUGAUUCACAAAGAAAGCAAUAUGAGGAAUGGCUGCAAGACACACAACAACUUCUUCAAAUACAACAGAAGUACCUUGAGGAGCAAAUUGGAGCACACAGAAAAUCCAAAAAGGCACUCUCAGCAAAGCAGCGUACAGCCAAGAAAGCUGGCCGUGAGUUCCCAGAAGAAGAUGCAGAACAGCUUAAACAUGUUACUGAGCAGCAAAGUAUGGUCCAAAAACAGCUAGAACAGAUCCGGAAGCAGCAGAAGGAGCAUGCGGAACUAAUUGAGGAAUAUCGGAUCAAGCAGCAGCAGCAGCAGCAGUGUGGGAUGGCCCCCCAUGCCAUAAUGCCUGGUGUCCAGGCUCAACCACCAAUGGUUCCAGGAGGAACAUCACCAGCAAUGAAUCAGCAAAACUUCCCCAUGGUGGCACAACAGCUCCAGCAUCAGCAACACACAGUGGUCAUCCCUGGGCAAUCCAACCCAACCAGAAUGCCAAAUUUGGCUGGGUGGCAAUCUGCAAAUGCCCCUGCAAGUCACAUGUCCAUGAAUCCAGCAAGGAUGCAGCCUCCAAUGACACCGUUGCCGAUUACUCCUGGUACACCAGCUCCCGUGCCUGGUCCAAAUGCAACUGCACAGUCAGGGCCACCACCACGGGUGGAGUUUGAGGACAAUAACCCCUUCAGUGAAAGCUUUCAAGAGCGGGAAAGAAAGGAGCGUUUACGGGAGCAGCAGGAACGGCAGCGCAUUCAGCUGAUGCAGGAGGUGGAUCGACAGAGGGCUUUACAGCAGAGAAUUGAACUAGAGCAGCAUGGUAUGAUAGGGUCUGAAUUAAACAACAGAACAUCCUUAUCUCAGAUACCUUUCUUCAAUUCUGACCUACCUGGGGAUUUCGUACAAAUUCCGCGACCUCUUCAGCAGUCUCCGCAGCAUCAGCAGCAGCAGCAACAAAUGGGGCAAAUCCUGCAGCAAGGUUCUAUGACCUCGCCUCCUGCCACAAAUUUUAUGCAAAGCAGUGAGAGAAGGCCAGUGGGACCUACAACUUUUGGACCUGAUGCAUCUGCUGUUCCAGGUGGAGCCCCGAAUUUCCAUAAUGUAAAGCAAAGUCAUGGGAAUCUCCCUGGGGCUGCCUUUACGCAGAACCAAGUCAGGCCUCCGUUUUCCUCUGCUGUACCUUCACCUACAGUGCUUAAUAGUGGUACCCCAGGUGAUUCGGACACUAACGUGCCCCAGGGAACAAACUUCCCUGGAUCCAGCCAGUCUCUCAUACAGCUGUAUUCUGACAUAAUCCCAGAAGAGAAAGGAAAAAAGAAAAGGACGCGAAAAAAGAAAAAGGACGAUGAUGCUGAGUCAAUAAAAGCCCCGUCAACUCCACAUUCAGAUAUAACUGCACCGUCAACUCCAACCAUUUCUGAUGCUACCUCCACCCCCACAGUUAACACCCCCAGUGAACUUUCUCGUCAUCAAGAUGAACAAGAGUCAGUGGAGUUAACAGGCCCAUCAACAUCAAACUCAGGAGAGAGCCAGACCUCUCCAGAGCUGGAGUGUAAGGUCCCCAGCAGCAGCCUGCCCCAGAAGCAGCCCAGUGUCAGUACAGACACUGAAAAGGCUAAAACAGACACACCUACCAGCAUUCAAGAAGUUAAACUAGAAAAGGCAGAAACUGAUCAAUGCUCAGGUCAAGCUGAGCCUAACCCAGAAAAUCCCAGCAGUAUUAAGGUAGAAGAAGAUAAGGUCACAUCACAGCCUGUCCCUUCAGCUCAGAGUCCAGCACAACCAGCGAGCGUUCCAGCAGCGAAAGGGGAGUCAGGGAAUGAGCUGCUGAAACACCUGCUUAAAAAUAAGAAGUCCUCAUCUCUUUUGAAUCAGAAGUCAGAGAACAGUGGCCAACCAGAAGAGGAGGCUUCUGGGGAUAAGAAGAUAGCAGAGAAGCAGAAUCCAGCUGAAGGAAUGCAAACUGCAGGAAACCAGAUGCAAGGUGCAUUUGGGUGUAGUAACAGCCAGCUUCAAAGAGCAGAUGUAGGACCUGAGACCAAGAAACAGAGAAAUAAGAGAACUCAGAGGACGGGAGAGAAGGCAGCUCCUAGGUCCAAGAAAAGAAAAAAAGAGGAAGAAGAAAAGCAAACUAUGUACCCUAAUGCUGAUACAUUCAUCCAGUUAAAACAGCAGAACAACCUGAGCAAUCCUCCAACACCACCAGCCUCCCUCCCUCCCACACCACCUCCUGUGGCAUGCCAGAAGCUGGUCAAUGGCUUUGCAACCACCGAGGAACUUACUGGCAAGGCUGGUAUGUUGGGAGGUCACGAUGUUACCAAAGCUCUGGGACCAAAGCAGUUCCAGUUGCCUUUCAGACCACAAGAUGAUUUAUUAGCAAGGGCAAUGGCUCAGGGCCCUAAAACUGUCGAUGUUCCUGCUUCUCUUCCAACACCACCUCACAACAAUCAGGAGGAAUUAAGGGUUCAAGAUCACUGUGAGGACAGGGACACUCCUGACAGCUUUGUUCCUUCUUCCUCUCCUGAAAGUGUGGUGGGAAUGGAAAUUAGCAGGUAUCCAGACUUGUCGGUUGUCAAAGAGGAGAACCCAGAACCUGUACCAUCUCCCAUCAUUCCCAUCCUACCUAGCAGUACUGGAAAAGGUUCAGAAGCCAAAAGGAAUUACAUAAAAUCAGAACCCAGUUCAGGAGCGUUACCUGCUUCUGGCUUCUUUGCCUCUCAGCUUGGGCCAUCCCAGAAUGGUCCUAAGUCUGGCCUUAUUUCUGUAGCCAUUACUUUACAUCCCACAGCUGCUGAGAACAUCAGUAGUGUUGUAGCAGCAUUCUCCAACCUGCUCCAUGUCAGAAUUCCCAACAGUUAUGAAGUCAGUAACGCUCCAGACGUCCCAUCCUCCAUGGCAGCCACCAACAGUCACAGAGUGAACCCAUCAAUGGAGUACAGGCAACAUGUUCUGCUGCAGGGUCCUCAGGCAGGUUCCGUGGGACCUGCCAGGAUCGUAGGGUCUUAUGGACUGAAGCAACCUCAUGUGCCAUUUCCUGCAAACAGCAAUGGUGUUGCUGGCUAUAAGGAUCACAGCCAGAACCUGGCAGAAGGCUCCGCGCUGAGGCCCCGCUGGUGCUCCCACUGCAAGGUUGUGGUUCUUGGCAGUGGUGUGCGCAAGUCCUUCAAAGAUCUGCCCUUCCUGAAGCAGGAUUCCCAAGAAGGCUCUGAUAAAAUGAAGGACGUUGUAUUCUGUAGCAACAACUGCUUUGUUCUUUAUUCAGCAGCUGUGCAAGCAAAAAACUCAGAGAACAAAGAAUCGGUUCCGUCUUUGCCACAGUCGCCGAUGAAAGAGAGGCCACCUAAAGCAUUCCACCAGUACAGCAACAACAUCUCCACUUUGGACGUCCACUGUCUGCCUCAGCUGCAGGAAAAAGUUUCUCCACCAUCCUCACCUCCCAUCAUGUUCCCCCCUGCAUUUGAAGCAGCCAAGGUGGAGGCAAAACCGGAUGAGCUGAAGGUAACAGUGAAGCUAAAACCGAGGUUAAAAGCAAUACACAGUAGCCUUGAGGACUGUCGGCCUCCAAGUAAGAAAUGGAAGGGAAUGAAAUGGAAAAAGUGGAGCAUUCAGAUCGUGAUUCCUAAAGGAUCAUUCAAAUCUCCUUGUGAAGAAGAAAUAGAUGAAUUUCUUAAAAAACUGGGCACAACCCUUAAACCAGAUCCUGUGCCUAAGGACUACAGGAAAUGUUGCUUCUGUCAUGAGGAAGGUGAUGGAUUAACUGAUGGACCAGCAAGGCUUCUUAACCUGGAUUUAGACCUUUGGGUCCAUUUGAACUGUGCUCUUUGGUCUACAGAAGUCUACGAGACACAAGCUGGUGCCUUAAUAAAUGUGGAACUAGCCCUGCGAAGAGGCUUGCAAAUGAAAUGCAUGUUUUGUCACAAAAUGGGUGCCACCAGCGGUUGUCACAGGUUAAGGUGCACCAAUAUUUAUCACUUUACCUGUGCCAUUAAAGCACAAUGCAUGUUUUUUAAAGACAAGACCAUGCUUUGCCCCAUGCACAAACCAAAGGGAACUCAUGAGCAGGAACUUAGCUACUUCGCAGUCUUCAGGAGGGUCUACGUUCAGCGUGACGAAGUGCGGCAGAUCGCCAGCAUCGUCCAGCGGGGAGAACGUGACCACACUUUCCGUGUGGGAAGCCUGAUUUUCCAUGCAGUGGGUCAGCUGCUGCCACAGCAGAUGCAGGCCUUCCACUCCUCCAAAGCACUCUUCCCCGUGGGCUAUGAGGCCAGCCGGUUGUAUUGGAGCAUGAGGUACGCGAACAGACGCUGCCGCUACCUCUGCUCCAUCGAGGAGAAGGACGGGCUCCCCUUAUUUGUCAUCAAGGUUGUGGAGCAAGGCCACGAAGAUCUGGUCCUUACAGACACAACACCAAAAGGUGUGUGGGAUAAAAUCUUGGAGCCCGUUGCUUCUGUUAGGAAAGAAUCUGAGAUGCUCCAGCUAUUUCCUGGCUAUCUGAAGGGUGAAGACCUCUUUGGUUUGACAGUCUCUGCAGUGGCCAGAAUUGCCGAAUCGCUGCCAGGGGUUGAGGCCUGUGAGAACUACACUUUCCGCUACGGCCGAAACCCCUUAAUGGAACUCCCUCUUGCCAUCAACCCCACGGGCUGUGCCCGUGCCGAGCCUAAAAUGAGUACCCAUGUCAAGAGGUUUGUGUUAAGGCCUCACACCUUGAACAGCACCAGCACAUCGAAGUCCUUUCAGAGCACAGUCACGGGGGAGCUGAACGCGCCAUACAGCAAGCAGUUCGUCCACUCCAAGUCCUCUCAGUACCGCAAGAUGAAAACGGAAUGGAAGUCCAACGUCUAUCUCGCUCGCUCGCGCAUCCAGGGCCUGGGCUUAUAUGCUGCUAGAGACAUUGAGAAGCACACCAUGGUCAUUGAGUAUAUCGGAACUAUUAUCCGGAAUGAGGUAGCAAACAGGAAGGAGAAGCUUUAUGAAUCUCAGAACCGCGGCGUCUACAUGUUCCGCAUUGACAAUGACCACGUCAUCGAUGCCACCCUGACAGGAGGUCCUGCCAGGUACAUCAACCAUUCGUGUGCACCCAACUGUGUGGCUGAGGUGGUCACUUUUGAGAGAGGACACAAAAUUAUCAUUAGCUCCAGCAGGAGAAUCCAGAAGGGGGAGGAGCUUUGCUAUGACUAUAAGUUUGAUUUUGAAGACGACCAGCACAAGAUUCCAUGUCACUGUGGAGCUGUCAACUGCCGAAAGUGGAUGAACUAGAAGGCAUUCCUUGCUGUCUUUGAGGGUUGCUUGUCCCAAGGAAGAAGUGAUUCACAUUUUGAUUUUGUCGAUGGAAAAUCGUUGCCUUUUUUGAAAGGGGGGGGGAGAAAUAAUCACUUCUGGAAGUACUCAAGUAUUUUAAAAGAAAAAAGAAAAGAAACAACCCAACAAAACAAGCGCCAGGAGCAAGUCUGCAACAUCUGAAGUGAACUUUCCAGCCAGGUGGAGGUUAAAUGGAAUGAACAGAAAAGGUCCAGCACUUUUGUUUUUGAGCUCACUAAGGAGAAACUGUUGAACUGGGGCAAAGAACUGGUGGCCCCUGCAGGGGUGCAGGGGGGCACAUAUGAAUGUAAGACUGAAAUCACCAGCGAAAGGGAGAAGUCCAAAGUGCUGGCCACAGCCUUAUUUGAUAAAGGGGCAGGCCCUCUAA